AUGUCAACUCUUGAGGUCUUUCCUGAAGAGAAUGUGAAUAAGGUUGAAGAAACUAUUCGCGUGCGUGUGAAUGGUAAAGAUCUGAAUUUGACACUAGUAAUGCAAGCAGAUGAACUUGCUCCAUUGUUUUCUGGUGCAGCUUGGGCUGGUACGUUAUUAUGGGAUGCAGCUGUGCACUUAACUCGGCGAUUUCUUCAUGAUUAUCAUCACAUACUUCAAGAUCCUCAUAACUUGUUGUGUGUUUUGGAGUUGGGUGCUGGAAUUGGUGUGCCAGGUAUGGCAGCACGAAUUGCAGGUGCUCACCAUGUUGUUCUUACUGAACAGAACGAAUUAUUGCGUCUGAUGCGCGUAAAUCUGGCUGCUAAUGCCGCAGUAUUAAACCUCUCACAUAAUCACGAAACAAAAGGUGGAAUUGUGGCAAGACCAUUGAGUUGGGGUGUUUCAGAAACAAAAGAGUAUUUAACUCGAUAUGCAACGGAAAAGAUUGAUGUGGUGCUGUCAUGUGAUUGUAUAUAUGAGCCUCUGUAUGGCAAGUCGUGGCAAGCACUUGCACAGACGAUGGAAAUGUUGUGUCUGGCCAAUCAUGCGACUGUUGUGUUAAUGGCUGUCGAACGACGUAACAAAGAUGGAGUUGAGAACUUCCUUACCUUUGUUGACACACAAACGCAACUCCAAUACAGACUUGAAGAGCAAACGGUUGUAAAGAAGAUGAUUCAAUUAGAAGUGUAUUACCUACGACUUAAAGACAAACUCAGGGUUUAA